ACCACCGCGGUUAAUCAGUCCGCCAAACUGCUUUGUGCCGUUCAAACUGCUCCUCCGGCUGCCGAUCCGAUUUCUUUUUCGAUUAAUUCUGACUUUGUCUUCUCUCCGGGUGCUAGUGUUCCUGCCUGGACCCAACUACUCCACGGUGCACACGUGCCAUGGAGGAUUACUCGUACGCCUACAUCUCCGAGCCCGUGGAGUUUCGGCAGCUGGAGGGGAAGGCCAUUGACUUUCGCAAGACCUUCGAUGUGCGGGGCCAGGGCGUCGAUGAAAUGCUCCAGUUGUACCUGCGGAAGGCCAACCUGUCCGACGACCUCGAUCGUCUGCCGGCCAUCAUGCGGCGAGCUUACGUCUAUGACAUAAUUAGGAGCAAUAAGGGGCCCGGUUAUUGGGUGCCACCGUCUAUGCAAGUGAGCAGCGACGUGUUCGCCAAUCCGCCGCCAGCAGUCCGCCCGCCGCCCUACUACGCCGACAACGCCAGCAUCAACGGCAGUCUCGACGGCAUGAAGAGCUCCUCCUCGUCGAACAGCCUGGACAGGUAUGCUGGCGCUCCGCCAGCCGUUGCCCUGGCGGGUCCCAGCUUCGCCACCAGCGUCCUGGUUAGCAGCAAGGGCUCCAAGUAUGAGAUCAGUGGCCCUGUCAACUUUCAGCACGUAUCCGGUGAUGUGACCCGGGAUCGCACAAGGAACGCCUUCGAUUUGAAUGCUGAGUCCAACGACAACGUGUUGCGGAAGUACAUGAUAGAGCGGGGCAUUACGGAGGCGGAUAUUAGCCACAUGCGGCACCAAGAUGUCGUCAAGAAGAUUGUGCACUCCAACUACACGUGGAUGCCCGCCAAGAGCGAUUUUCAGGCCAAGCCCCAUGUCCAGGAACCGGUCAGGCCGCUACUCUACGCCACCAUUUCCACUAACAACCAAAUAACGCCCCCGCCAUCGCCUCCGCCGCCACCAAUGGCAGCCGCUGCGAAGCCGGCGCCGGCUCCGAGCUUCUCCAACUAUGCCUCACUCACCUCACGCUUCGUGGACAUCUCGGACAUGGAUCUGCCUGCUGCAGGACCAGUUGCUCCACCUUCCGUCAGACAACAAGAGGUGGGAUCCGUGAUUCCCGUUCACGUCCAGCCCCAGCAGCAGCAGCAGGCUAAACCGAAGGUGCCGCCACCUCCCUCGGCAGUCACGGCGAACAACUCGCAUGUUCAUGGCUAUCCGGCGGCCAUCGACAUCCGCCAAGUGCGGCCCUCGGCUCCUCCGAAAACGCAAAACGCUACUUAUGCCACUAUUUCGCCGCAGCGCAAGGCGGGCACCAUGCGCAUUCCUCCGCCGGCGCCGCCAAAGCCAACGAUAGUUCCGAACACCAACUCGAUGGCUUCAAUGUCCCAGGUGCAGUAUGCGCCAGCUGCUAAGCCGCCGCCACCUGCUCCUCCGGCUAAGCCAACUUCUGGAUCCAGGACUCCAUCUGCUUAUAUACCUCCGGCGGCGGCACCGAUGCAAGCGUACAGUCAUGUUCCAGCUGCACCGCCACCGAUGCAAAAGCAGAUUAACCAUGUUCCACCGCCGCCUCCUGCGCCCUCGGCCGCCGUUCCGCCACCGCCGCCUCCCAUGCCAAUUGCCGCUGCAGGUGGAGCGCCACCACCACCGCCGCCUCCACCAGCUGGUAUGGCCGGAGUUCCGCCGCCGCCGCCUAUGCAAAAGUCCCAGCCAAAAGCUGCUCCGGCGGCCUCUGCCGGCGGUGAUGAUCGCGGCGCACUCCUCGCCAGUAUACGCCAGGGAGUAGCAUUGAAGAAAGUGGACCAGAAGGCGGCCACAAUUAGCGGCAUCAAGCCACGACCGGAGCGAAAGCCAGCCACCACCGACUUCUUGAGCGAACUCAAGCUGGGCAUCACGCUGCGGCGGGUGAAGAAUCCGGCAGAUAAUCCCUAUUCCGAGGAGUCGCAGGCGUAACCAAAACUUUGGCGGCCAAAAUUUUAACGGCGGAGCACUUUACAACACUGACGGCGGCAACCAGUGCUGCAGACUGAGCAAUUCCGCGAUUCGCCAAUUCAAAUAAUUUUUUAUUUUUAACAUUAAUCACCAUGACAAAUGAGCACACAAAACGUUUGUAAAUAAAAAUUGUUCAUCAGA